AUGAGCUCCAUUGUCGCCCAGCCUUCGACCCAGGGCACCUUCCUCUCCACCCCCGACGCCCCCCGCUCCUCAUUAUUCACCUGUCUCGCCUGCCAUGUUGCCUUCAAGACCGCCGAUAUCCAGCGUGAGCACUACCGCUCCGACUGGCACAGAUACAACUUGAAGCGCAAGAUGGUCGAGCUGCCUCCCGUCACUGCCGAUAUGUUUUCCCAGAAAGUCACUGGCAAGUUUAUCCAACUCUUUACGUUUUCAGCUCUUUCAUACUCUCAAUCUCGACAUCACCUUACCCAGAAGCAGAAGGAUGCUGAUGACCAAGCCGCGGCAGAGGACACCUCCAGCUCCGAGUGCAAAGCUUGCCGCAAGUCCUAUUCCUCCAAGAACGCCUACGAGAACCAUCUGGUCUCCAAGAAGCACAAGGAGACCGAGGCUAAGCUCAAGGCCAACCCCCCCGUUGCCAAGGUCGAGAAGCCAGUCAAGUCUGAUGUCGAGUCGAUUACUUCCAAGAUGACGGUUGAUCUCUCGGUGACGGACGAGACGACUCAGGAGGAGUUGGAGGAGAUUAUGGAUAAGAAGAUUGAGACUGCGGUCCGUUUGGAGCUCCUGGAUUGUUUGUUCUGUACCGAGAAAGCCGAGACCUUUGAGAGCAACAUUGAGCAUAUGACCAAGUAUCACGGAUUCUUCAUUCCCGAUCUCGAGUACAUUGUGGAUCUGGAGGGCUUGAUCAGGUAUUUGGGCGAGAAGGUAUCCGUCGGAAACAUCUGUUUGCACUGUAACGGCAAGGGCCGUCAGAUCAAGUCGCUGGAGGCUGUUCGCAAGCACAUGGUCGACAAGGGCCAUUGCAAGAUCCCCUAUGAUACCGAGUCGGAGAUGAUGGAGAUUGUUGACUUUUACGAUUUCAGGUCGUCCUACCCCGAGGAGGAGCAGCGCAAGUUGCUCGAGGCUGCCGAGCGUGGUGAGGAAGUGGAGGAGGACGACGAGGAGGAGCUGGAUACUGGUGUCAGAUUGGGUGAGGAUGACAUGGAGCUCAUCUUGCCCUCCGGCGCUCGGUUGGGACACAGGUCUUUGAACAAGUACUACAGACAGAACGUCAAGCCAGAGGAGACACGCGACUCUGUGUUGAUCAACAAGUUGUUGACCCACUACACUGACCAUAUGGGCUAUGACUUGGCCUUGUCUAAGACCAAGGAGAGAAAGGAACGCGGACAGGCUUUGGUGGCUCGCAACGACGGAGAGUCAAGAUGGGCCCAGAAGCAGACAUCGACCUUCAAGGAUUUCCGCAGGAUCGAAGAGCACAAGGCUCGUGUUGGACAGAAGCAGAACAAGUUGCAGAAGCAUUACCGUGUCCAGAUCUUGGUCUAA